CACAGAUCCACAGAAAGAGCCAAAGAUGUCGGCUCGGUCAUGUGAUCAGCUGUGUCCAAUCACAGCUGAUCACAUGUACACUGAUCAUCAGAGCACUGAUGAUCAGUGUGCCCUGAUGAUCAGUGAAGCCCCAGCAGUGCCACCUGUCAGUGUCCAUCAGUGCCAGUUGUCAGUGCUCAUCAGUGCCACGUGCCAGUACCCAUCAGUGCCACAUCAAUGCCACAUAUCUAUGCCUACCAGUGCACAUCAAUGCCAAGUAUCAGUGCCAAUCUGAGCUGCCUUUCAGUGCCAGUCCGUGUCACCUAUCAAUGCCAAUCAGUGCCACCUAUCAGUGCUGCCAAUCAGUGCCACCUAUCAGUGCCAGUCAGUGCCGCCUAUCAGUGCCCGUCAGUGCUGCCUAA